AUGAAAGAAGACGUUGAGUACCCUCCAAGCUGUUCACCAAUACCAUGCUCGAGUGGAAAUGGUGAGCUCGUCAAAAGACUAAAGGUGCUAUCAGAAGCGCUGCAAGUGUCUGACACGAAUGACGAAAGUGGGCGUCCGGAUAGGUAUCGCACACUGAUAUGCCACUUAGCGAAGAGCUGCUUUUUGGAGAAUGACUGCAAAGAUGUACAAAUUUGGCUUGCGUGUUGUCUUGCGGACAUACUGCGUGUCUUCGCUCCAAGCGUUCCAUUUGGGGACCCUUCACAACUAAAGGACGUUCUACUUUUCAUUGUUCGGACGUUAAAAGGCCUCGAGUCGCCCACGAAUCCUCUUUUUCGUCGUUAUUUUUAUCUUCUUGAAAACCUUAAUGUCGUGAGUACCUUAGUUCUUGCGCUAGAACUACCUCCAACCGAUGCUAGUCAGGUGAUCCGCAUGCUGUUGAAAACAUCUAUGGAAGUUGCCAACAGUAAAGAUUGGAAGAGCGGGGUGCGUGCGACGUCAGAAGAUGGAAGCACAACCGAAGAAGAUGAUGAUGAGAGAAGUGAAAGUCGAGAUAAGAUCAUUGGUCUUCUGAUUGGAAUUAUCUCCAAGCUUUUGCGUGAUGUUGAUCAAGUUUCUGCAGAAGUACUCGACGUACUUUUCUUCUAUUUAAUUAACCCGCAAAAGUUAAACAGCAGAGAAUCCUAUAACAUGUCCCGCCAGAUCAUUCAGGAAUCACAGACUUCUCUAGAAGCAGUAAUCCAGUUGUUGUUAACUCAAUCAUUGUUGGCUGGGAGUCUUCCAGAAGAAUGUGAGAUGGUAGGAAGCGGUCGUAAGAAACUGCAUGAUGUUAUACUGGAACUUCAUGACGUGGCUCCAGAACUCAUUGCUCCUGUAUUGCCACAGCUUUCGUCUUCGUUACUUGCAAAGGAUGACAAUCAACGCUUACUUGCCACAAAACUGGUGGGAAAACUAGCAUCUAAUGAUAGAUCUCGUUUUUAUGAAGAACACCCUAAGUUGUGGAAAAAUUAUAUGAAAAGGUUUAAGGACACCUCACCCGAUGUCAGAGAUGUGUGUGCCAGGGAUUCCCAUGAGAUAUUGUUGCGUCACAGUCAACUCAGAGGGCAAGUCUCAUCUGCACUCGGUAGCCUUACUCGCGAUCUCGAUGAUGGUGUUCGACUCACGGCCGUGCUGUGCAUUAUUGAAACUGCGAGAAAAAAGCUCGAAGCUGUUAACGAAUCACUGAUCAUUGCAUGUUGCGAUCGAAUGAGAGACAAAAAGCCAAAAAUACGUCAAGAAGCUAUAACGAAGUUGUUACAUCUGUACUUUAAAGUUAUCAUGGGUGAUGAGCACACUGCAUCAGAAGUGGCCGCAGUUGCAGUGAUCCCAAAGAAGGCGCUUGGGCUAUACAUGCUUGCGAGCAUGACGGAGGAGAAAUCGUUGAUUGAACGAUACUUUUCUUCUUACAUAAUUCCUUAUAAAAUGGAGAUGAAAAGACGAAUUAGGUCCAUGGUAGACUUAUUCUGUAAAUUGGACAACUUAGAAAUGCAGGUGUUUACUGAAAUAGUGUCACGAUCAUCAAGCCAUCGACGUAUUUUGCGUGAAAUGUUGCAGAUCAUAUCUCGGCAAGCAGUGGCGGAGUUGCAGUCCAAAAUUCAACGUAUAAGUAGCACACAUCAUGAUCCUGCUGGAUUUUCAAUCGCUUUGAAGCAUUUUGUCAACCUUCUUUCGGCAGACCAAAGAUGUUUUGAAUGUGCUGAAUACUUCGUCUCUAUCGACUAUAAAACCUCUAAAGUGGAAGAUACUUGCAAAGAGCUUGUUCAACGUUCUUUGGAGGCAACCAGCAUUCCGAAGGAUUGCCAAACAAAUAUUAGGAGAUACAUCGAAAGAGUCGCUCCACUCAUAAUGGAUCCGGAUGGCACUGUCGAGCUGCUAAAAGUGCUUACACGUGUAAAAAAUGACGCUGAUUGUGGAAAUGUCGACGCUAUAUCGAAGUUGCCGCAUGUAUUACGUUUGGUGAAGAUAUGGAGCGAAGCGUUCCCUCAUCUUUUCUCCAAAGGAGACGCUAUCAACUAUGUAUUGAAAAUAACCACUUCGGAAAACGCUAAAACAGUAGAGACAGGCCUACAAGUGCUUCUCCAUGUUGCUCUUCAGUCUAGCAUAAAAGCUAAGGAACAGGAUUGGUGCGACAGGGUCAUCUCGGUUGUGUGGAGUUUUAUCGCUUGUGAGAAUGAGGGAUUCAGACGCUGCAGCAAAUUGGCUGUGCGUGUUAUUUGCCGUCUGCUUAGCAAAGACGAGUGUGCUGUGCGGUUCGACCGACUUUAUCCCUUCUUGUGUCCUAUAACCACUGAGUUCUACUCAACAACUUCAACGAAUGUACGAAGCUCUGCUCCAUAA